ACCAUCCACUUUCCCCCGCCCCCCCCGGUUGUGUGUGUGUGUUUUUGUUUUUGUUUUUGUUUUUUUUUUUCUUAGCCAGAGUAUGUCACCCGAUCAGUCUGCUAUUUGCUCUGUAAUGUUACCAUUUCCUUCUGCCGAUGAUUUACCCUUGUUUGCGUGGUCCUUUUCCCUUCCCUUUCAAUAUGCCGUCUAUAUAGAGCUAUGGCUUGAAUUAUAUAUCUCCACCGUCUUCACAAAUCGCCGUGAUCUGCUUGCGAUAUUACCUGGAAUCCAUCAUGGUAUGGUAGAUCAUAUUACGCCAUCUUACACCUACUACCCCCGGUCUCGCGGCCGCCUCACCUUUGUCAGGCAUUCACCCGUCACAUCCCCAACCGGCCUAGGUCUGUCUGGAUCUCCAUUUCGAACCAAGGCCAGUUCCCAUUGAUCCCUCAAGGAAAGCCCGACCCACUUGGCCAGGAUGACUUGCUCAUCCCCAUUGCACGAGGAUCCAGACCCUGGUGCAGAUUACAGGGAAUCGUCACUGCAACACAGCUGCAAUAGACUACCGUUGAGAUCUAGAAACAGCACAGCUUUGGGUUUCAAGUUGGGUUUAAAGAGCCGGUCAACGGGACCCACCAGACAUCAUUCCCGAUGGCCAA